CUCUCUGUGUUUGGGGGGGGGUUGAACACAGGAUUCUCACUGCUUUCCUCUCAGUCUGCAAUCAGCAACGGACACACACACACACGCACGCACACAGACGCAGCAGCUAUGAGCGCGGACGAUGUGGUGUGCACAGGAUGGCUCAUAAAAUCCCCUCCGGAGAAGAAGCUAAAGAGAUUUUCCUGGCGAAAGCGAUGGUUUGUAUUGCGGAGGGGUCGGAUGAGCGGGAAUCCUGACGUUUUGGAAUAUUACCGUAGCAAGAGCUCCCGUAAACCAAUCAGAACCAUCGACCUGCAGGAGUGUGAGGUCACCAUCGAGGCAGAGGUACGGCCCACUAAACGUCAGUACCAAAAUCAGCACCUAUUUGUGGUCAAGACCACCACGCGCAUCUUUUACCUGCUGGCCAAAACAAUAGAAGAGAUGAACAUCUGGGUACAGAACAUUGGACAGAUAUGUACGUUUGGAGGACUGAACAGACAUGCAGAAUCAAUGGACAGUCUAAAUCGCACUCCCUCUUCCCAGCAGCCAUCUCCAGCACUUUCUCCUCAUGUUUCUCUUGUGGCCAAUCAGGAAACAGUUACCAUCGACAGCCAGACUGUCCUAAACAGGCCUAGCGAAUCAGAGAUCAGCCCUCCACUCGACUACCUCUUCCUCUCUCAGUGCGAAACCGGGACAAAGAGCAUCGUCAGGUGUGACAGCUUCUCUAACUCCGAACGCUCCUUUGAGCAGAGCUCGUCCGAGUACACAGAGGAUUUGUUUAGCCCCACCCCUCGCAUUGACUCCUCCCCCUCCCCUUUCCUUUUGGCCGGGGUGUCCGAACCCCCGUUCAGCGCUCCCUGUGGUCCGCUCUCUCUCUCCUCCUCACUUUCGUCCUGCCUCUCAUCUCCCAUCUCUCUACGCCGUCCACCAGACAUUUUCAGAUUUGAUCGACCCUUCAGCGUGACAUCCGACCCACAAACACCUCCUCCCCUCCCACCCAAACCUACACACCUGUCCGAUCACCACAGUAACGAAGAUACCGGCCGUAAUCAGACGCAACCUGCUCUUCUCCCUCGCAGGACGUCACUUUCAGAAAUAGACCACUUUAGGAGAGUAGACUUAGACAGUGCUGGGAGAAACUGGAACAAACGUCUAAGCCUCAACCUGCCGAUAUUUCUGAAUACCACAGUUACUGAAAACCACUGUGAGGAUUCAUAUGUGCCCAUGGCCUCCCCACCAAUCAGCUGCUCUAAUGUCACUUCAGACGGCUACAUACCCAUGAGUCCCUCCAGCCUGCCUGUCUCCCUACUGACCAACUGCAAAACAGAGCUGCCAUCGCCUUCCAAUCCCGACUUUGAGCCUCCUCCAGUCGACCGCAACCUUAAACCAAAAAGACGGGUUCGACCGCCACCUUUAGACCUGUCCACCAUUUCUGAAUGUCCCUUCCACGUCCCCCUCACACGCACCAUGACAGAACCCAGCACCUCACUUCAGUGUGUUCCCUUGGACAGGCGGCGGGGAUGGGGCUUAAACGGCUCUGAACAGGAAGGGAGCAUCACGCCAACGAUGCUGUUCACAGCUUGUGAUUCUGCCCCCUGGAUGAGGCCUUCUCAGCUGGAUUACUUGUCACUUGACUUCAACUCUGCCUCCCCCUCACCAGUCCAGAAGAAACCACUGCUGGCAGACGACUACAGGGUGGAUUACGUGCAGGUAGACGAGAAGAAGACACAGGCUUUACAAAGCACCAAGAUGGAGUGGAAGGAUGUCCGUCAAUCAAAAGCCUAAAGCCUUCCGAAGGGGGAGGAAAUAGUCCAUUUAAAUUAUUACUUGGUUCAAAACUUGACUUGUUUUCAUCAAUACAAUUUCAGGUACAUGUUGAGUUUUUUACACUGCUGUGAAAGGAGCCAGUACAGAGCUGGAUAGGAAACCUUCAGAAAUAAAAUGGCAGAAUAUUUAGAAAAUUAUUCCAGAAUAAAAGACCCACGAUUCAAGAAUAAAGCUGUUUACUUUGUAGUCCUUAAACCAGGAAGUGAAUUAGCAUUUUAGAUUGGGUUUCCUCUGCAUUUUAUAUGGGUUUUUAGAACAGUCUAAGUCUCUUAUGCGCAUUAAAUGCUGCAAAAUACAGUAAAAACAUGUAUAUUGUAAAAUAUUUUAAAAUAUGAUUUAUUCCUGUGGUGGCAAAGCAGAAUU